AUGGAUCCGUACGUCGGGUGGUAUCAGCCUGAGCAGGAAGGACCCGCGAAGCGAUUGUGGCUUCGUAUUUGGGAAACUCAAAGUGAAACUGACAAAAUGAACCUCAAAAACUUAGAAAAUGCUAAUCCCAACGUGAAUAAAAGUCAAGACCUAGUGCAAAUAAAUGAAGUGAACGGUGAAAUUAGAAAUAAUAAUUAUUUCAAUCCGACGCGGAGGAAAGCGAACGACAACCGCGCAUCUACGUUUAACCUGAAUCAGAACCACGAUGCUCUCAUAGGCGAAUACGGUGGAUGUCCUUGGCGGAUACCCAACUACACCUACAAACCCGGGAUACUUGGGCUGCACGAGGAGAUCGAGCACUUCUACCUGUAUAUGUCCCCGACGGAGACGGAGCACCUGGUGCGUUCGACGGUGGUGAUGCGCAUCCGCAGCGCAAUCCUGUCGCUGUGGCCUCAGGCGCGCGUCGAGAUCUUCGGCUCCUUCCGCACGGGCCUCUACCUGCCCACCAGCGACAUCGACCUCGUCGUCAUAGGUCAGUGGGAGAAGCUCCCGCUUUGGACGCUCGAGCGAGAGCUCGUGAAUCAAGACAUCGCGGAAAAGGAGAGCAUUAAGGUGCUCGAAAAAGCCACCGUGCCCAUCGUCAAGAUGACCGACAAGUACUCCGACGUCAAGGUGGACAUCUCGUUCAACAUGAGCAGCGGAGUCAAAAGUGCCGAACUCAUCAAACAGUUUAAGGAGAAGUACCCGGUGCUGUCUCGGCUCGUGAUGGUGCUCAAGCAGUUCCUGCUGCAGCGCGACCUGAACGAGGUGUUUACGGGGGGCAUCUCGUCGUACUCGCUGAUCCUCAUGUGUAUAAGCUUCCUGCAACUGCAUCCGCGCCCCGAGCGACUGCGCCAAACGCACAACCUUGGCGUUCUUCUCAUCGAGUUUUUCGAGCUGUACGGCCGCAAGUUCAACUACGUCAAGACCGCGAUACGGGUCAAAAACGGAGGCUCAUACGUGUCCAAGGACGACAUGCAAAAGGAGAUGAACGACGGGCACCGACCGUCGCUGCUCUGCAUAGAGGAUCCGCUCACGCCCGGAAACGACAUCGGCCGCUCGAGCUAUGGAGCCAUACAAGUCAAACAGGCCUUCGACUACGGGUACAUAAUCCUGCAGCAAGCCGUGUCGGGGUCGAGCGCCCUGCUCGCGCGACACAGCGUGCUCGGGCGCGUAGUGCGCGUCACGGACCACGUGCUGCAGUACCGGCGCUGGGUGCGCGACACGUUCGAACCUUUCUUCUUCCCGCACCGCGUGUCUCCGCCGGCGCCCGCGCCGGUCCCGCUGCCCGCGCCGCCGCAGCGCGAGCUUAGCGACAGCGAGCCCGAGUGGUCGGACGGGUCGGGAGAGACGGCGAGCGGGCCCGGAGCGGAGCGUCGCACUUCGCCCCCGCCUCUUUCGGCGCUGCAGUGCUCCUCGCCGACGCCGCGUCGAGUGUCCGCCCACCAGAGCCUCAUCAUCCAUCACAUCACCAGCAACUCCGACUUCAACAACAUACCCUCCGGUGUCAUGCAGCAGCGCUACAACGGCGCCAACAACAACAACGGUGGCGCGAACUGUAACGCACCCUCGAACAACAAUAGCAGCGCCCCGAGCGGCGGCGAGCAGAAGCCGCGCACGAGCCGCUCGUUCUCGUCCAAGCAGCGGCGCUACGCGUCCCCGCCGAGGUACCGCGCCGAGCCGCGGGGCAGCAAGAAGCGGCGCCAGUUCGCGCAGCCGCGAUGA